CCCUGACCAGUAUCAAACCGUAUCUGCUGUCUGGUUUGUGUUUGUAACAAUCGUAAUGAGCAAGGACGGCAGUCCACAGCCUCAGAAGAGAGGCCAGUGGGCCAACAAACGAGAAUUCAUUUUAGCAGUUGCUGGACAAAUCAUUGGUCUGAGCAACGUUUGGAGAUUUCCCUAUCUGUGCUUCAAAAAUGGAGGAGGGGUUUUCCUGGUCCCGUAUUUUGUGCUGCUGGCUACCUGUGGCAUCCCUCUCUUCUUUGCUGAGACGUCUUUGGGGCAGUUCAGUCGAGAGGGUGGAAUCACAUGUUGGAAGAAUAUAUGUCUUCUUGCUAAAGGUUUGGGCUAUGGCACACAGGUGGUGUCUUUUUACUUUUUAGUUUAUUACGUUGUCAUCCUGGCUUGGGCCUUCCUCUACCUCUUCUCCUCCUUCAACAUUGAACUCCCCUGGGGCAGCUGUAACAACACCUGGAACACAGAUGACUGUGUUGAUUUUGGGCAGAAUUAUUCAUCCGCUGGCCACAUCUUUGAGAAUGCAACAUCUUCAGUCAAAGAAUUCUGGCAGAGAAGGAUUUUGGGUUUGUCCGGAGGAAUUGAGGAGGUGGGGAGUAUCCACUGGGACCUGGCAGGUUGUCUUCUGCUGAGCUGGAUCAUCGUUUACUUCUGUGUCUGGAAGGGAGUCAAGUGUUCAGGAAAGGUGGUGUAUUUCACUGCCACUUUCCCCUAUGUGAUGAUGACUGUGCUGCUGGUCCGAGGACUCACUCUGCCGGGAGCUUUAGAUGGUAUCAUAUUUUACCUCUAUCCUGACCCAGCACGGCUUACAGAUACUCAGGUGUGGAUGGAUGCUGGCAGCCAGAUUUUUGGCUCAUAUUCCCUUUGUGCAGGAUGUUUGCAAGUUUUAGGAAGCUACAACAAGUAUAAGAACAACUGCUACAAAGACGCUUUGUUCCUGUGUCUGUUGAACAGUGGAACCAGCCUUGUGUCUGGCUUUGCAGUGUUCUCUGUUCUUGGCUUUAUGGCAAAAAAGCUGCAUGUGGAUAUUUCUGUAGUGGCUGACUCAGGUCCAGGUCUGGCUUUCAUUGCAUAUCCUGGUGCCACAGCCUUGAUGCCUGUUCCUCAGCUGUGGGCUUCAUCCUUCUUCAUCAUGAUCAUUUUGCUUGGAGUCGGCAGUGAGUUCAUUUGUCUGGAGAGUCUGGUCACAUCCAUAUCAGAUAUGUUUCCGUUCUUUCACACCGGACGUAGACGUAAACUCCUUCUGCUCUCCAUCUGUGCUGCAUGUUUCUUUGUUGGCCUUCUAAUGGUCACUGAGGGUGGACUUUAUAUAUUUCUGCUAUUUGACUAUUACGCUUGCAACGGAAUGUCCCUGAUGUUUUUUGGCAUUGUUGAGUCCGUCUGUAUAGGAUGGUUGUACGGUGCUGAUCGUUACUACGACCACAUCAAGGACAUGAUUGGCUACUGUCCUUCACCUUAUAUGAAAUAUUGCUGGAAAUUAAUCACUCCGGCCAUCUGCACAUGCACACUGCUCCUCUCUCUGAUCAGGUUUACACCACUCAAGUACAACAACACCUACCAGUACCCCUGGUGGGGUUAUGCCCUUGGGAUAUUCUUUGUUUUGUCAUCAACUCUCCUUAUUCCUCUUUGGGUGUUUUACAUUUUGGCUGUAACACCUGGCACUCUGAGACAGAGGCUGACAGUGUUGUGUUCUCCAGCAAACCAAAUCAGGCACAAAACACCUCAGGCACAGGCAGAGCUGUGUGCUUUAGAAGUGAAUGGAAGUCCAGUUUCGACGGAGCAGUGACUGAAUGAAAACACUGACAGGUGAUGACACGUGAAGAUUGUGACUGCCCUGUGGCAGAGGCUCACAGCCACACACAAUCAAUGUUACUGCAUCUGUAGAUUUUAUAUAGCUUUCUCUGAUUUGUGUUGCAUGAUUGUAAUUGGAGAAAGGAUCCACUAUUAUUUGCUAAUUUAUCACUGUUAAAUAUGAGUGCAGAAGAAUACACUUUUAUGGUAAGAAAUGUCCUUGUCGAAGUUAUUCUGUCUAUCAUGAUCAAGAAAAACAGGCCAUGCUGGUUCAAAUGCCAGGAGAUCGUAUCUCUAUGAUAAAAAGUUACACCACCUCCCUUCGAAAGCAGCAGUCUCUCACACUAGUGUUUUGUGUUUAGUGUAGUUGGAGAUAGAUUGUGAGGGAAUGCCUUCUCCUUUGUGUUAAUCAGUCUCUGUAAUGCACUUGCAGCAUUUUGAUGCAUGUGACAAUAAAUUCCUUUAACCCUCGUAUUGUCUUCCCAUCUACUAUUCACCUUUUGUCUUCCCGGGUCAAAAUUGACUCGGUCUGGUUUGACUGCUUGUAAAGCAUGAAGUAUAAAAUAAUCAUCAAAUUC